AUGGAGGAGGCUAACGAGGCGACGUGGGAGUUCCUGCAGCCUUGGGUCGAUGCUUUUCGAAGCAGGGUCACUCUCAAUGGACCAAAAGCCGCCACCGCCUACGUACUGGGCAGUCUGGAUUACUGGACCUUUUCUCAAGACGGUUUCCCCGUUGCCAUAGACACUUUCGCGCUCUACCUGAGUUUCCCCGCCGACGAAGCAACCCGCACACGAGACCGACAGUUGCUGCAAACGGUGCGCGAGGCUCUGGAGCUUUUCACUAUUAUCGCUGCCGCCGAUAACCCGGCGAUUGUCCAAGUUUUGGCCGAAUUUGUGAGCAAAGUCAAGAUCGUAGUUGAUGACGAGCGUGGAAAUAAGCCCCACCUGGUCCUCCCAGACUGGAAGUGCUGGCUAGAUGGCCGCCUGUCAGAAUCGGAUCCACUUGCAAGACAACCGUCGAUAACGUGGGGGGAUCUCUAUGGUUGCCCGGAGGACCCAGAGACGAAUUCGUUGGAGUUUCGUGCUGCCAAGGAGAAUAGUCGCGACUGGAGGAGAGAUAAGGCGCGAACUGGGCUUUAUACAGCCGACUGUGCAGUGGAGAGUCAUUCACGAGGCUCUGGGGAGGCAGAAAAGGAAAAGAAAAGCUUCUACCGCGAUAACAGAGGGUUAUGUUACGAGAGCUUUUUGGUGUCGACGUACCCACGGUUGUUCUCAUGA